GCGGCGGGCGGCUGUGGCGGGGACACCGGGGAUGGAGCAGCAGGGGCUGGGCCUAGGCCUCGGGCUCGGCCUGGGCCUGGGCUUGGGGCAGGAGGCCGAAGCCCCGGCGCAUGGCGGCCCGCACGCCCGAUACUCGCUCUUUCUGGACGACACGCCAGAUUUCCGCGGCCCGGCCGCCGACUCCGACAUCUUUGUCGUCUUUAACCUGGAGCCUGAGGCGGAGGCGGCGGCCGGGCCAUCUACUUCAGUCCGGGGCUCCGGCCUAGUCCCAGGCCCCGAGCAGCGCCAGGCCCAGCCCCUGCCCAGGCCGGAGUCGGCCCCCGACACCGUCUACUACCUGCAGGCCGCGUCUGGGCCCGACAGGGCUCGGCCUCGCCUCGGCACCUUGCCGGCCCAACAGGGUGGGGAGCCCGAGCCCCUGGCCCCACCGCCGCCUGCGCCUGGGCCCGGCCUGCUGCUGGAGGCGCCUUCCGUGCUCGGCAACAUCGAGAACCUGCCUGGGCCCGGGGCCUCGACAGGCGGCUUGGCUGCCAGCCUGGGCCUGGGCCUGGGCAGCCGAGACCUCCUGCUGCGCCUGGAGGACGGGCUGCUCUUCCUCGCCGCGCCCGAGCUGGGAGCCGGGGGCCUGGUCAAGCCAGAGGAAGAGCCCCAGGCCCCGGCCUACCCCGGCUGCCAGGCCCCGGCUCCUGGCCCGCCACAGGCCGGCUUUUGCGGCGACUCCAGCGGCCGGCCGCUCCAGGCUGAGGAGCAGAGCCCGGGCCCCGAGGCGGGAGGCCUGGGGCUAGAGUCGAGCCCAGAGUCGGGGCUGCUGCUGAGUGAGAGCGGGGACGUGUUGCUGAAGCUGUCCGAGGGCCUGGGCUUGGGGCUGGGGCUGCAGCCUGGACAAGGGCCAGACGCCGGGCCCCUGCACCACUGCCCCGAGCAGAACUGUCAGCAGGCUUUCGACAAGAAGCAGCGGCUGCGGGUGCACCUGCUGUCCCACAGCCAGCGGCCUUUCCACUGCACGGUAGCCGGCUGCGAGUGGGCCUUCACCACCGCCUACAAGCUGAAGCGUCACCUGCACUCCCACGGCAAGUUGCGGCCCUUUGGCUGCCAGGCCGAGCAAUGCGGCAAGCGCUUCACCACCGUCUACAACCUCAAGGCCCACAUGAAGGCCCACGUCCAGGAGCUGGCCUUCGCCUGCGAUGUCUGCUCCCAGCCCUUUGCCACCGCCCUCAAGCUCAGCAGCCACCGGCGAUGCCACUUCGAACCCCAGCGGCCCUUCAAAUGCGACUUCCCCGGCUGUGAGAAGACGUUCAGCACCAUCAGUGCUCUCGGUUCCCACAACCGAUCGCACUUCCGUGAUCAGGAGCACUUUACCUGCUCCUUCCCAGGCUGUGACAAGAGAUACGACAAAGCCUGCCGCCUGAAGAUUCACCUACGAAGCCAUACAGGUGAGCGGCCCUUUAUCUGCGACUUUGAUGGCUGCGGCUGGUCGUUUACUUGCAUGUCCAAAUUACUGCGGCACAAAAGGACCCAUGAGGACGACCGGCGGUUCAUCUGCCCAGUGGACGGCUGUGGGAAGUCCUUCACCCGGGCAGAGCACCUGAAGGGGCAUAGCAUCACCCACCUGGGCACCAGACCCUUCGUAUGCCCCAUAGAAGGUUGUGAAGCUAGGUUCUCGGCACGCAGCAGUCUCUAUAUCCACUCCAAGAAGCACCUGAAAGACUUGGACAAGGUGAAAACCCGCUGCCCCCUCUCCAACUGCAGCAAGCUCUUCAACUCCAAGAACAGCAUCAAGGCUCACAUGAUGAAGCAGCACAACAUCAGCCCGGAUGUGUUUUCGCAGCUGGAGCUGACGGGCUCGCUGACCCCGAGCUGUGAGCUGACCAGCCCGGGUCAGAGUGACCUAAGCAGCGUGGACAUCGCCUCGCUCUUCACCGCCGUGCCCGUGGCGCCGGUCAGCCUGUCGCCGGACAUGUCGCUGGUCAGCUCGGGGAUCCUCACCAUCGACGCUGCUUCCGUGGGGUCCACACUGGGCAACACCGUGUCCGUCAGCAAUGGGCCCAUGGCACAGGGCACUGACCCUCUGAUCGUGCCCACGCCGGACAUCUCCCACGCAAUGGACAGUGGCCUGGGCCUGCCUGCCAGCAUGCUGCAGCAGAGUGCCCUGAACCUGGAGGGGGUGCAGGUAGUGAGCGCGGAGGCACUGGGGGCCCUGUCGAUGCGGGGCGCGGCCGGAUGCCCCGACCUGCAGGCCCUGUCGUCCAGCGGAGCUCUCAGCCCCUCUAGCAGCCUGGGGGGCAGCCACGUGCCCGAGCUCCUCGCCCCCCCCAAGGUGGACUGCCACAUGCUGAGCGUGUCCGACGUGAUGGGACCGCCCGAGGGCAGCAAGGUGGUGGCACAGUAUGUCUUCUCCAACCUCAACACCCCUACCACCACCUUCAGCACCCAGAAAGAGCUGGAGCUCAGCAUGAUGUCUGGCUGCUCGUUCCUGGAGAGCGGCGGCUCAGCGAGGACUGACUACCGGGCUAUACAACUUGCCAAGAAGAAGAAGCAGAAAGGAGUGGGCAGCAACGCGGAGAACCCCGGCUGUGCCAACCAGCGGAAGAAGUCGAGCCAAGGAACGGCGCUGCCUGCAGCCGGUGUCGGGCAGAGCGGCCGCUUCGGGGGAGUGAUGCUGCCGGGCGGUGGGCUGACCAUCCGAGACCCGUCCACCGGCACCCACUACGUCCAGCCCCAGCUGCUGCAGGAUGACCCGACGGGAGAGGGGGAGCUGGCCUUCCAGCUCUCGGCCCAGUCUUCAACCUCCCACACGCAGCUCACCGUCGAUCUUCCUGUCAACAUCCUGCAGGAGCCGAACCCAUCGGCUGAGGAUGACGGCUCCGGUAGUUCUCAGUUCACAGGGAGCACCAUAAACCUGCAGGACCUGGAGUAGUGAUGGUGGAGAGCCCUGUGGUGCACCCUACCUGCCGCUCACCCUGUGAUGGAGUCCAACGCAGGAGCCAGCGGUUCAGGCUGUGGAUCGGCAACAGGCGGAGUGGUCCUGCGGUCCGGAUUCAGUUGGGCUGGACGGCACGGACCCUGGCUCUGCCCCACCAUCCCGGGGCUGGAACUUCGCUUGCUGGAACAGGGACAGCGCCAGGAAUAGCUACUGCUGCCGGGGAGGCAAUGGGCUGCAGCUUGGUCGACCACCCUGUGGAAAUGGUGGCUGUGUGAAGGUUAUAGAGGAUCAUACAAUGUGUGGUCCUGAGAGAGAGUGCACAGGAACUGCCUUGCACCUACACACGGCCUCUCCUCUUACCCAGAUCCUGCAGUCAGAGAACAGAACUCUUGGUGGAACACUGAGCACCAAGCUCUUCACAUAUCCCUUUGCAUCUGCCUUAAAGGAGGGUCUCCAAGAGUGGAAUGUCACGGCACAACAUAGCAUUCAGAUUGAAAAUGAUUUCUGCUGUCAGAACAUGGAACAGUACAGGACAGGAACAGGCCCUUCAGCCCACAACGUCUAUGCCAAACGUGAUGCCAAGACCAACAAGGUCAUGUUAGAUGGGUAAAUUAUUUAACUGUUAUUUAACUGUUCACUAUCCACCGAAGCAAUGGGCCAAUGUAACGUGGAACACGGACAUCCUCAAGUGAAUCUUAGGCCGUUGUUGGAGAGGAGUGAGCAGGCCUGGAAUAUGUGGACUGCCAGCUACCAUGGGUGAGUGAUUGUGUGGGCACAGUUUGGAGUGGACACUGGGAUAACCUUUUACCGUCAUGGCUCGGUCACUGCAAACCUUUAUGUUUAAAUAUGUAUAUUUUUUAAAAAGUUUUAUAUUGUAUAAUAUGUAUAUUUAUUUAUUUUGUACAUUUCUAAUGAAUAUUUGUCAACCAGGUAUCUUGCGUGAACGGGCAAUGGGUGAAUGUGCACAUCAACUGCUGCGCCAUUAUUGGCGGGCACAGUGCACGUUGUACAUUCACUGAACAUUAAAGAUCACAGACGAUUUUUUAAUUUUGCACCAAGACUAUUGAGUAGGGGAGGAGGGAGGUAGAGGCAACCUCUGUAUCAAUGUCUGGCUCCUGCACUGACAGCUCGUGUGCUGAAACCUUUUAACAUUACAGGUCCACCACUGAUUUUCCAGCAACAGGUGCUCCGGCACCUCCUUUAAUCCGGAUGAGAACACUUGAACCCCCCCCCCCCCACCCCUGAAAUCUCCCUGAAACUGUGGUGCCAAGGCUGGGUGAGGCAGCUGAUCUCUACCUCAUCGAGACUUCCAAGCCGAUCGGCAGGUCACAUUUCCCCCCUGCGGCUGGUGCUCUGGAACUCAGGCUCGGCCAAAGCUGGCAGAUUCGUUCCCAUAGCCCACUUCCAAGGCUGACUUAGCGGCCCGGUAUCUUGGUGGCCUAGGUACUGGUACCACUGGACCAUUCUGACCUCUGUUGGUCCGCAAACACCGAUAAACCAGAGAGGCUCAGGAACUAAAGGUGCUGGAAAAUCGGUGUUGGGUGUGUACCUGGUUAUCACUUAAAAUUUGAAAAUUUAAUUUGUUUUCUCUGUUAAGGGUUAAAGUAUUCUGGCCCGCUGCAAGACCGCAGAUUUGUAUUUAAAAUAAAAUGAAUGGAAUUUUA